AUGCUGUUGUCCCUGUUCUCGACAUAUGUGUCUUUACACUUUUUCAGCAUAGGAAUUGCGCAGGAAGAUCCAACAACAGAUGAGAAUCUGCUCCAAUUCAAGUCUCGCCCCGACCUAUACCCUCCGCGACUGUUUGUCGAUACAAGCCAAGAUGGAAUCAGCCCAGGUUACAUCUUCAUGUCACCCUAUCAAAGCUUUCAGAACAGCGCAGCGAUAUAUGAAUCCGACGGCACGUUGAUAUGGUAUGGAUUUGGAGUCACCGGCUCAGGCAAUGUACACGAUUUUCGUGUUUGCCAGUACAACAACACAAAUCAUCUCUGCUUCUUCCAGGGUGAGCAAUAUCGAGGCUAUGCACGAGGCCAAGCGGUUAUUAUGGACACCAAUCUCAGAACUGUCAGAACAGUUACAGCCCUAAAUUCGCGAUCAGCACUGGAUCAGCAUGAAUUCAAUAUUGUCGAUGGUACUGAUAGCGCACUUACCACAACCUACCAUCCUGAACGAUACGAUCUGUCAGCCUUUAACAUCACUGAUGGUGAAGGGUGGAUACAAAACAGCAUUUUCCAAGACGUCAAUUUGACAACCGACGAGCUCACAUUUGAAUGGAGUGCUAUCGAGCAUGUCGCCCUCACCGAAAGUUAUGUCGAUCCAAACCAGUCCGAAGUCGUGGGUACUGGCUUCAAUGCAGCUUCUCCAUGGGACUACUUCCACAUCAAUUCAGUCGAUAAGAACGAAGACGGUGACUAUUUGAUAUCUGCUCGGCACGUUAGCACGCUGUACAAAAUUAGUGGUACUGAUGGAAGCAUUAUCUGGCGGUGUGGCGGCAAGCUCUCCGACUACGAGCUUUUGAACGGGUUAAACUGGUCUUAUCAGCACGAUGCUCGUUGGCUGUCGUCUAACGAUAGCAUGGACGUCAUCUCAUUCUUCGACAAUGCCUCCAAUGGAUUUAAUGGAUCUGCCGACCACUCUUCAGGCUAUAUCAUACAGCUGGAUCACGAAGCAGGCACUGUCGACCUCCUCCAUGCGUACCCAGCACCUCUCGACCUACCCAUUUCUGCCAGUCAAGGCAAUUUGCAAAUACUGAAUGAGACCGAUUGGACGAAUUCGAAUGCCUUUGUGGGCUGGGGAAAUUCACCUACCGUGACCGAGCAUACUUCCGAUGGAACUAUCAUCUACCGUGCUAACGUUGCAUCAGAUGGCAAGAUGAAUUAUCGAGCCUACAAGUACGACAUAGCUCUGACUCCCUAUGACAGUCCCGCGCUUUACACUUAUGCACCUGAUACCGAAUCGAACACUGUCUAUUACAUGAGCUGGAAUGGUGCAACCGAACUCCGCAAGUGGCGUGUCUAUGGUCGUGCUGAUUGUGAGACCGAAUGGACCCUACUCGACGAAAUCGAAAAGAGUGGUUUCGAAACCGAUUAUACCUCACAAGGAUAUCAGGAGUUUGGCAUGGUCGAGGCUGUAGCAGCGGAUGGUACUGGCUUGCGCAAUUCAACCAAUCGAGGUGUCCGAGCUUUCGUGCCCAGUUCGGCCAUCAGUGAUAGCUGUACUGGUGAGGGGUGUACUGAAGCCAAAGCAUACAGCGCGAGCCCAGGACAGGUAGUGGUAGCAGAGACGAGGGAUGGUUGUCCAGCACUAUCACUGGAGCUGGCGAGCACGAACGCACCCUCAGCUACUAGUAGUGCUGUUAAGUCAGGGUCAGUGCUGCUGACGGGAGUUUCCUUGGGAUUCGCCAGUACGUGCUUCAUCGGGCUCCUGUUAUAG